GGGCUUGGCAGCAUUGGUAGGAGCAGCAGAAGGCAAUCCUGGACAGGUCGGGAGACUUGAAGCUCAGCCUUCCUCCUGCACAAGGGAACUUGAGACUUGGGAGAUCUCGGGUUGUUGGCCAACGGAUUCAGCGAUGGAGCAGUAUCAGACUCUGGAGCAGGCCCUCGGCGGGCUGGUUUGCACUUUCCAGCGCUACUGCCGGAAGGAAGGCGACAGGCGCACACUCAGCAAAGGGGAACUGAAGGAACUGCUGGAAAACGAGCUUCCCAGCCUGAAAACCCUUCAAAUAAAAGACGGUGCUUUGGAAGAGUUGAUGGCAUUGCUGGAUACGAACAAGGACAACCAAGUGGACUUUGAAGAGUACAUUCGCUUCAUCGCGGCGGCCUGCACCUUCUUCCACGACUUCUUUCAGAACAGCCCUCCGGUCCAGCCCCGACUGCUAUGAAAACCAAGAUGGCGCCCCAACUCGCCCAAGGUUGCAAAGCAGGUUGGAAAACCGUGCCAGGAGGUCCCCGUGUCCGUCUCUGAAAUCUCGAGACACGUCUUCUUUCUCAUCAACUUUGUCUUUAUUUCGUUUUGUUACUUAAGUCGAGAAAGCAGUUUUGGGCCUCAAGACAAAUGGGGAAAUAGAACAAGAAAAAAGGGCUUCUGAAAGGAUAAAACAAAAAGUAACAACAAUGUAGUGGAGCGACAGAUCCUUAGCAUCUCAUACCUUUGAGGGAAAGAGCCUCAAAGUUAGAAGUGUAAAAUGUCAUAGAAAUGUUAUACAGUGGUACCUCGGUUUGCGAACUUAAUCCGCUCCUGAAGUCCAUUCUUAAACCAAAUCCGUUCUUAAACCAAGGCGCGCUUUCCCUAAUGAGGCCUCCCGCUACCAGUGCCCUUCCACCGUUCGGAUUCCGUUCUUAGACCAGGGUAAAGUUCGCAAACCGGAACACUACUUCUGGUUUUGCGGAGUUCGUAAACCAAAUAGUUAAUUAACAGGGCUGUUCAUAAACUGAGGUACCAGUGUAUAUACCAAGGAUCAUGGAAGACUGCUGUCUUGAACUGUCUCCGAAAACUGAGCUGUGAGAGUGGGAGUUGAAUGUGUCAGGAGAGGCUACUAGAUACUUUCAGACUUAUCAGUCUUAGACAUUUAUAUAAUAAUAGCAAUAACAGCAAUAACUAUUUUAUUUUAUUUUAUUAUUUCUAUAUCAGACUAGUUGCCCCUGUCACUCUGGGCAGCUUCCAGCAAAAUAUUAAAACGCACAACCUCAAACAGUAGAACAAAACCCUCCCUGCCUUCAGAUGUCUUCUAAAAGUCAGAUAGAUGUUUAUUUCAUUGACAUCUGAUGGGAGGGCAUUCCACAGGGCAGGCGCGACUACCAAGAAUAAAAAUUAUUUUACCAGCGGACCUGGUGCAUUAAAGACACAUCUCUCAUCAUUUCCCAUUGCUUAUUCUUUCCCCUUGUUCUGACUUGCCAUCCCUUGCUUUCCCUCCCGCUCCUGUUUUCUGGAACUUCUACGCCGGCCUUUCCAAAGCUGGCAUUUCAAGGCCGUUCUGUGCCAGACAGCUGGAAAGAAUCGGUCUGGGAAUUUGGAGAGAGGGCUGCGAGGAUGAGUGCAA